AUUUGCAAUGCUGCUUGCCAUCUUAAGAGCUACACUUUUCCUACCCUGGUGCCUGGCCCUCCCAGUGCCACCAACCACAGACCUUAAAGGAUGGGAGUUUGUUAAGGAUUAUUUCCAUCGAUUUUUCGUGACCAAGAAGGAGUCACCUCUCCUUACCCAGGGAGAACAAUUACGAUUCCUGCAGCAGUUUUUCCGUCUGAACGUGACAGGCCUACUGGACAAACAGACAUUGGCUGUGCUGCGCCAGCCCCGCUGUGGGGUACCAGACGUGGCUUCCUACUCAGUCUCCCCAGAAAGUCUCAAAUGGAAUGAGCAAAUUCUGACCUAUAGGAUUAUCAACUACCCAUAUGGCUUGAAGAGAUCCACAGUGAAAAGUAUCAUGCGGGCAGCAGUUUCCAUCUGGAGCAGUGUGACUCCCUUGGUCUUUGAGGAAGUGGAGAAUCAAGAUGCAAACAUCAAGAUGUCUUUCUGGGCUUUGGGAUUCUGUAUCUAG